AUGUAUACUGUUUUGACGGUGACAUUGGUGCAGGUAUUGGUGGGGAUUUUCCUCUUUGUGAACUGCCUGAUAAUAUUCACCUUUUUGAAAAAGGAGGUGUUCAGGGAGGACACUCGCUACAUUUUGUUUGCACAAACCCUAUUUGUUGACUCUGCUUUCAUGGUUGUAAAUGAUAUGCUGUUGAUUUGGUAUGGUUAUCAGUACCACAUCCACAUCAUUCCUUGUAUUAUCAUCAGUUCAGCAGUGACACUUCUUUACAUUUGUACUCCACUGACUCUUGUGGCAAUGUGUCUGGAGCGCUAUGUUGCUAUAUGCAUGCCUUUAAGACAUGCUGACAUCUCUACCAGCAGGACAAGAUGUUUUGGAUUUUUUGUCAUAUGGGGUAUCAGCUCCAUAGCUCCAUUGUUCACUGUUGUAGCUUAUGUCUCAAUGAUACCAUCCGAUGCUCUGUUCUCCUAUGCUGUGUGUACUGCCGAGGUAAUGUUGGGGGAAGAGUGGCUGGCACAAGUACGUGCUUUGAUUUUUCAGAUCCUUUUCUUUUGUAUGAUUAUUAUCAUUUUGUUCACCUACAUCAAGAUAAUGAUUGCAGCCAGAGCUGCCUCCUCUGACAAUAAGAAAUCAACCAACAAGAGUCUCAGAACUGUGAUACUUCAUGCCUUCCAGCUGUUUCUGUGUAUGAUUCAAUUUGUAAUACCAUAUAUGGAAAUGGCAUUUUGGAAUGGUGAUGUUAUGCUGUUUAUUAAUGUAAGGUAUGCUAAUUUUGUUGUUUUUAUGCUUGUACCACGUUGUCUCAGUCCAUUGAUUUAUGGUCUCAGAGAUGAGAAAUUUUUCAUUGUUUUAAGACAUUAUGCAUGCUGGGGUUUUGAUAAUCUUUCCCAAACUUUGCCAAUUCAAAGCAAAUCGAGAGCUGGCUAA